CGCGAGCGAGCAACUUCACACGCACGCGCCUUUCCUCCGGGGAGACAAAUAUUGUGCGUCUGUAGUGCGACGAGCACUCGGGCAGUGAGCUUAUCGAGGCUGUUGGCAACCGCUUAAAGACGAUGUCGGUGCUUCAGGCUCUGCAGACGUGCUUAAUCACCUGGAUCCUCUACAACCCUAUCUGGGCACAGGGCCCGCAGCAAUCGGACGUUCGUCGGCUGCGAUGGGAGAGCCUGGAUGCGAACAACACCGACCUCGUCUUCCUGCUCGAUCGGUCGGGCAGUGUCGGUGCGGCCGGCUUCGAAAUGCAGCUCGGCUUCGUGCACAGUUUUCUCAAGUACUUCGAGGUGACGCCAAACGCCACUCGAGUCGCAGUUGUGUCGUUCAGCGACGACGCAGUGGUCCACGCCGACUUCCUCAAGGAACCAGGAAACAAGUGCCAAUUGGUGAGGCUGACGCAAGGCGUGCAGUACCUGAACCACCAUGCCACCAACACAGGUGCAGGACUGCAGAAGGCGCACGAGCUGUUCCGCAACAGCCGCAAACAUACGCGCAAGGUAUUGGUUUUGGUGACGGACGGGCUGGCGACGAUGGGCCCGGAUCCGGUGAAAGAAGCGGACAAGGUUAAGGGUGACGGCAUCGAGGUAUUCGUCUUCAGCAUCGGGCGCUCCAUCAGAAGGCAGCUGGACAUGCUGGCUUCCUCGGAAGACCACGUGUUCGAAUGCGAAAGCUUUGCGCAAUUUCAGAAGACCUUCGAUGACCAGGCUGUGCCGACGGACCGGUGGACGGUGAGGGACAACCCACGAGACUGCGACCGCUUCUGCCGCAGGACGAUGGCCGCGGAGCACAGCUGCUGCGACAAGAACGCGGUGUGUGGCUGCUCCCUGUCGACGGGCCUCAGUGCCUGCCUGUGCGCGCCUGGAUUCUACGGGAACGGACUGGAAGCACAGUGCACACCUUGCAGGCCGGAUACGUACAAGGAGACGCACGAUAGCGGCCCGUGUGCGAGCUGCCCUCCGCACAGCAGGACGCGUCACGAAGGAAGCCGCUCACUGAGGGACUGCUCCUGCGAAGAGGGCUUCGCUGGAGACCCCGCCACUGGAGUGCCCUGCACGCCCAUCACGUGCCCGCCGCUGCAAGCGCCCGAACACGGCCGGGUCGUGGCUUGCGACACCGAGUACGAAGGCGAGUGCCUGUUCCAAUGCGACUACGACCACGAGGCAGCAGAUGGCGGCGACACCGCGACUCGCCUCUGCGAAGCGGACGGCACCUGGAGCGGGGAGACGACCGUGUGUAAAGCGAAAACGUGUGAGAGGCCGCAGGAGCUGGCCAACGGCUACGUCGAAGGCUGCGACAGCCCCUGGAAGGUGAACGACAGCUGCACGUUCCACUGCAACCGCGGAUACGAGCUCGUCGGCGGCGGCGGCGCCACCAGGACGUGCCUCGAGUGGAAAGUCUGGUCCGGGGAGGAGCUGCACUGCGAGCCGGUGCCUUGCCCGCCGCCUCCCCCCGUGCCAAACGCGCAAGACGUCGGCUCCUACAGGCAGGCGAAGGUCUACCGAUUCGGCGAUGUUUUCGCACCCAAGUGCCGCAGGGGAUUCGCCCCCCGAGGCCCACGCCUUCUGCACUGCGACGAUCGAGGCCAGUGGAACAGUGGCGGCGAGGACGUCUCCCAAAUGGCAUGCGUCGACGUGGAGGAACCCAAGAUCUCGUGUCCCGAAGACAUCGUCACAGCAGCGGAACCGCGAAAGGCCUCCGCCGAGGUGUCGUGGGUACAGCCGCGGUACAGCGACAACGACGGCAGCGACAAACUGGUGCUGCAGCAGAUGCCGGCCUCCUACGCGUCGCCCCACCGGUUCCCCCUGGGGGAGCAUCGCAUCGCGUUCAGGGUGGUCGACCGUGCGCGGCUGGAGGCCAACUGCACCUUCGCCGUCACCGUGCACGAUGACGAGGCGCCCCAGGUCAUCACCUGUCCGGAAGACACGAGUGUCGAGACGAGUGAGAACGAAGUCAAAGUCACGUGGGAGGAGCCGCUCUUUGUGGACAAUUCCGGCGAGCUACGCAUAGACGCGAACCACGUCCCAGGUUCAAAUUUCGGUCACGGAGUUCACAAAGUCGUCUACAGAGCCCGAGACUUGCACGGCAAUUCUGUGACCUGCGUCUUCCACGUAAAAGUGUCACGGAGCCAGUGUCCGUUCCACCCGGCGCCGCUGAACGGCGCCCUGUCGUGCGACGAAUGGAUGUACGGCCAGUUCUGCCAGCCAUUGUGCAACGAGGAGUUCGACUUCCUCGAGACGCCGGCCGACUGGUACAUCUGCGCCAAGGACCUGCGCUGGCACACCGAGCCCGAGGGAAUGCGUGUGCCGUGGCCAGACUGCGCUCGGAUGCUAUCACCGAAGCAGGCCAAGAGAAUGUACCACGGGUACUACUACUCGGGCGACUGCAGCGACCCCAGCGUCCAGCGCGCCAUCAAGAAGGCCUUCCGCGACAACUUCUACCAAGCGCGCAGGAAACUCUCGGUGUGCACGGUCGGCAACACGUGCAACCUGGACAGGGUGUCGGUCACCUGCGGAGAGUCCGGCGGGCGGCGUCACCGGAGAAGCCUGCCGGUGGCAGGCGUGGACGCCGAGCUCCUGCUGGAACUCGGUGUAAAUGGCACCGGACGCUUCAUCAACGGCACGGAAGAGAUCGCUGCAGCCAUUGACGAAAUUGUCGACAGCAUCAGAGAAAUAUCCCCUUCUGUUCUCCGAGAAGUCAGCGGCCGUGAGAACAUGACCGUGCUGAUGGACCUCAUCGACUCGUCGGCCGAAGACGUCGUCAUAGUUUGCGCCGACGGGGAGACACACAACGCUCAAGGCUGCGCCAAGUGCCCCAGAGGCACUUUCCAUGAGCAAAGCGAAGGCCGGUGCUCUCCGUGUCCCGCGGGCAGCUACCAGGACGAGGAGGGCGCCCUGUCCUGUAAGCCGUGCCCUGGCAGUGCUUCUACCGCGACUCCCAAGAGCACAAGCAUCGACGACUGCAAGCCUGCUUGCUCUCCCGGCACGUUCUCCAGGGACGGCCUCGAGACGUGCCGAGCCUGUCCGCUCGGAAUGUACCAGGACGAACCCCAGCAGGCGCGAUGCAAACGCUGUCCCCCUGGAUCCACGACCGAGGCCUUCGGAAGCGUUAGCGCGGCCGACUGCAAGGAAUACUGCAAACCCGGAACGCAUUCCUUCAGCGGCCUGCAGCCCUGCAAGUCAUGUGAGAAAGGCACCUACCAGGGGCUCAGCGGCCAAAAGUCGUGCGCCCCAUGCCCCGCUCGGACGACCACCCUGCAGGAAGGCUCCAACUCGCACCUCGAGUGCGUCGAGGUUGAACACUGAUCACCUGUGCGAAAAGAGAUCGUGUCGUUCGCCAGCAGUGAUUUCACAGCGACCACGGCGGCACAAAGAA